AUGACCACGCCAGAGCUUUAUCUGUCGUUACUGUCUGGUCGGCAGGGCGAUGUCUCGCACCUAUCAACGGAGCAACGCCAUAACGAUGUUGGGUCCCGUCUCUCUGGCCACCCAUUUCCCAACGACCCCGACCGAUUGAUGGACCUCUUGGAUGCUCUUGCUGCCGUUUGCGUUUGGAAAGAAGAGAAACAAGUCAUGUUCGUGUCAUUGUCCAUGACCAUGGACCCGAAAGCUGCGACCCUCUAUGUGUCUUCCAACGAGACCGUACCAGCCACCGUUACCUCCCACCUCCGUAUAAUACGGGGUCAGCUCAAGGAGCUCCAAAGCGUUGUAGUACCCAAGCAAUCAAGCGUUGUAGUACCCAAGCAAUCAAUCCCACCCGAUAUUGAAACGUCCCCCGAUCCAAGCAAAACCCAGGCGCGCACCGAGGGCGAGCUUAAAAUCCAGAAGACCAUAUAUGAAUAUUCAUAUGGCAAACUUCGCCAACGGUUCAACAAAUGGGCACCUGAUAUCCUAGCAAAAUACGACGCUUUCACAAAAAGUUCGAAUCUUAACAUCCAGGAUGCCACGCUUUUACAAGCUACGCACCUCGCAUUGAAACACAUUCAGAGUCUGCUUCGUAGCAAGAGACCGCCGCCUGACCUCAGUCGCUUGAUUUGGAUGAUUGACAAGUUGAGUGGGAGCUGGCAGGAUCACUUGAACGCUGCAGGAAUUGAAGAGAUUUUGACCCGUUGGGAUAAUUAUAUUGAUGCUGGCCGGAACAGGAAACUGUCUCUGCGACGCUUGUUAAAGAAGCUUUUUACCCUUCACCACCACAUUCGCACCAUCAUGCGCAUCGCCUGGUCUCGCCGACUCUCGCCUUUCCUCGACGGACAGUUCGAUGUGGUUGCUGUGCCAGCAGCUUGCUACGACAUAUCCAUCCGAGUGUCCGAGCAGGCCGUCCUCCCUGUCAUUUUCCCUGCGAGAGAACAGAAGCACCUACCGAUCUACGACGACAUCCUGAAACGGCUGCAAGAGAAAGCGGAAAGUGAGGGAGUAAAGAUCGAGAAAGGGAAGCUAUCCAUGAAACAAGCAGCCGUUCACGCCGAAUGCACCCUCCUCGCAUACCAUAUCCAGCACCCCAACAUUCAUCCAUACUGCUAUUUCGGCGGAUCGAAACUAUCGUGCCACGGAUGUGCCACCUUUUUCAGCAGUUACAAUCUUGUCGCAGAAUCCUUCCAUCUUCCCCAAUUCUUCACCAAGGGCUCCCACAACAAGAUCUAUCUCCGGUGGACUUGCCCUCACUUGCUGCCACUGCAGCGAUUCAAGCCACUACAACCUGGCACCCUGUCUCUUGAUGCUCAGGUUAAACAGAAAAUGAUUGCGGCGUUGGGCAAGGAACUAAUUGCGUAUGUUGAUGAGCUGCGCGCAGUCAGAGCAGGGCCAUCCCCAUCGCAGUCGGAUAGCACUGCUGCCUCUGGUGACUCACGCGAGGAUGCAAAUGAAAGCCUAGCAGAUUUGAUAGCUGGCCUUGCUCAACUAGAUGAUCAAGUAUAA